CCCCCCGCAGAGUCCCGUAAAAGCAACAGAGGUGACUGGGGAGCGCGAGCCGGCGUGGUGUCCUUCCGCCCGGCCGAGGGCACUCCUUUUCGUGUCUUCCCACCGUGCCCGGGCGGCGUCCGGGCGGCUCACCGGGGGCGGCGACGCGACUGCGGCGCGGUCGGCGAGGCUCCGGGGCUAUGAGGUGAGGGUGCCCGGGUACGGGAGGUGGCAGCGCGGCGCCAGCCCCCAGGACACGAGCCUCGAAGCUGGCGGCGGCCUCUGGGACCCCGCGGCCGCGUGCGAGGCGAGGAAAGAACAUGCCAACAAGAACAAAUUCCACACUCAUGGGCAGAACAAACGAUGACCUGAUAAUUACUUUCAUUGAGAGAACAUUGAAAUUAUUCUCUAAGCUAUUUGAAGAGAGUGACUAAAUGCACCUGGGUCAGGCUGUCUGUGGGUAUGAAGUGGUUGGGAGAAUCCAAGAACAUGGUGGUGAAUGGCAGGAGAAAUGGAGGCAAGUUGUCUAAUGACCAUCAGCAGAAUCAAUCAAAAUUACAGCACACGGGAAAGGACACUGUGAAGGCUGGCAAAAACGCAGUGGAGAGGAGGUCGAGCAGAUGUAAUGGUAACUCAGGAUUCGAAGGACAGAGUCGAUAUGUACCAUCUUCUGGAAUGUCCGCCAAGGAACUCUGUGAAAAUGAUGACCUAGCAACCAGUUUGGUUCUUGAUCCCUAUUUAGGUUUUCAGACACACAAAAUGAAUACUAGCGCCUUUCCUUCGAGGAGCUCAAGGCAUUUUUCAAAAUCUGACAGUUUUCCUCACAACAACCCUGUGAGAUUUCGGCCUAUUAAAGGAAGGCAAGAAGAACUGAAGGAAGUAAUUGAACGUUUUAAGAAAGAUGAGCACUUGGAGAAAGCCUUCAAAUGUUUGACUUCCGGCGAAUGGGCGCGACACUAUUUUCUCAACAAGAACAAAAUGCAGGAGAAAUUAUUCAAGGAACAUGUGUUCAUUUACUUGAGAAUGUUUGCAACUGAUAGUGGAUUUGAAAUACUGCCUUGUAAUAGAUACUCAUCAGAACAAAAUGGAGCCAAAAUAGUUGCAACGAAAGAGUGGAAACGAAAUGACAAAAUAGAAUUACUGGUGGGUUGUAUUGCCGAACUUUCAGAAAUUGAGGAGAACAUGCUACUUAGACACGGAGAGAACGACUUCAGUGUCAUGUAUUCCACAAGGAAAAACUGUGCUCAGCUGUGGCUCGGCCCUGCCGCAUUUAUAAACCAUGAUUGCAGACCUAAUUGUAAGUUUGUGUCAACUGGUCGAGAUACAGCAUGUGUGAAGGCUCUGAGAGAUAUUGAACCUGGAGAAGAAAUUUCUUGUUAUUAUGGAGAUGGGUUUUUUGGGGAAAAUAAUGAGUUCUGCGAGUGUUACACGUGUGAAAGACGAGGAACUGGUGCUUUUAAAUCCAGAGUGGGACUGCCUGCGCCUGCUCCUGUUAUCAAUAGCAAAUAUGGACUCAGAGAAACAGAUAAACGUUUAAAUAGGCUUAAAAAGUUAGGUGACAGCAGCAAAAAUUCAGACAGUCAAUCUGUCAGCUCUAACACUGAUGCAGAUACCACUCAGGAAAAACACAAUGCAACUUCUAGCCGAAAAUCUUCAGUUGGUGUGAAAAAGACCAGCAAGAGCAGAACAUUAACAAGGCAAUCUAUGUCAAGAAUUCCAGCUUCUUCCAACUCUACCUCAUCUAAGCUAACUCAUAUAAAUAAUUCCAGGGUACCAAAGAAACUGAAAAAGCCUGCAAAGCCUUUACUUUCGAAGGUAAAAUUAAGGAAUCAUUGCAAACGGCUGGAGCAGAAGGGUGCUUCAGGAAAACUCGAGAUGGGAAACGUAGUCCUUAAAGAGCCUAAAGUAGUUCUAUAUAAAAAUUUGCCCAUGAAAAAAGAUCAGGAGCCGGAGGGACCAAUACCAGCCACAGUGGCUAGUGGGUGCUUAACCAGACAUGCGGCAAGAGAGCACAAACAGAAUUCGGGGCGAGGGGCCCCUUCGCCAGGGGAGGGCGCCCCCAGCACCUACACAACCAGGCGGUCUGCACGGACGAGAAUGAUUUUGAAGGAGCCCUCUGACAUUAAGCUUGAACCAAAUACAUCGGACGGCUAUGAAAGCAGCUUGACUGAGCCUUGCCCAGAGAGUGGCGAGCAACCGCCUCCUGCGGCGCAGGAAGAAGAAGAACUGGUGCAUGACACUGCACACAACGGGGAGGCGAAGUGUCCGAGGAGUGACAGCAGCAUUGCAAAAAAGAAGUCACGGCAAGGGAAGCUUGUGAGACAGUUGGCAAAGGCGGGGGAGUCCACUCCGGAGCACGGUCCCCCUGGGAAAGCCGGUGUGGUGCCCAGUGUGCUGGGGCCCCUCCCCGACCAGGGUGAGCACAGCGGCUCGGAGGGGCUGCCCGGGAGCUACAUGGACUGGGCCCCUUCGCCUGUUGAUGGUUCGGUGGUGACAUCAGAGAGCUUCAAAACAAAAGACGGCUUCAGGACUGCGAAAAGUAAAAAGAAGAGGCGCAUCACACGGUAUGACGCCCAGUUAAUCCUGGAGAAUAACUCCGGGAUCCCCAAAUUGACUCUUCGCAGGCGUCACGACAGCAGCAGCAAGACAAACAACCCAGAGAACGAUGGGAUGAACUCUUCCAAAAUCAGCAUCAAGUUAAGUAAAGACCAUGAAAAUGAUAAUAAUCUCUACGUAGCAAAGCUUAAUAACGGAUUUAACUCAGGAGCGGGCAGCAGUGCCACAAAACUAAAAAUCCAGCUCAAACGGGACGAGGAGGGUCGGGGGCCGUGUGUAGAGGGGCGUCACGAGAACGGGGUGUGCUGCGGUGACCCGCUUUCUCUCCUGGAGUCGCAGAUGGAGGUCGAUGACUACAGUCAGUACGAGGAAGACAGUACAGACGACUCCUCUUCCUCCGAGGGGGACGAAGAGGAGGACGACUACGACGACGACUUUGAAGAUGACUUUAUUCCCCUUCCUCCAGCCAAGCGACUGAGGCUAAUAGUUGGGAAAGACUCAAUAGAUAUUGACAUUUCUUCCAGGAGAAGAGAAGAUCAGUCUUUGAGGCUUAACGCAUAAGCUCUGGGUCUCUCUUUGACCUGGGAUAAACUACUUAAAAAUAAAAAAUUCCAGUCUAUUAUUCCUCAACUGAAACAUUUUAGCGGCAGCACUUCUCUCAUUUCUUCACUUACCGGCAUAACACGUAGAAAGUGUACAGCGUACUGACUUACCCGAAGUCUGAUUUGUGCACAUUUUUAUUGUACUUUUUGAAUAGCCUCCUUACGUGCAAUUCCGAGUUAGAGGGAAAGCCCUGUUGUAAAGUAAAGGCUCAGCAAACUGCAGUGAUAGCAACUUUCCACACGACGUUGAAAACAGUAAUGUGGCUACAUAAUUUUUUUAACUGUAAGAGCAUCAACUGGCUCUUUAAUACGUGACUAAACAAUAACUUAAACCAACCCUAGUAGCAGCAUAUUAAGGUUUUCUAGUCUGUGCUAAUAUCACCAGCAAUGAUCUUCGGCUUUUUGGUUUAUUUGCUAGAUGUUCCCCUUGGAGUCUGAUCAGUUCCACACUGUUUGCUGGCCAGGUAUGCUCUGUGUGGCCUUGGUUAAAUAGCAGACCAUCAGUUGGGAGUCAAAUUGGUUUAUUUUUUUUAAAAGUACAAUCCCAUAUGUGACAGCCAACUUUUCAGUACAUUAUAUGUACGAGGGUAGCAGUGUGCAGGAUGAGUUUCGAUACAGCGUAUUUAUUGCUUGUCGUGUAAAUUAAAGACCUUGUAUUUAACACUUUUCAAUACUUUUAGAUAAAAUUGUUCUUUGCAAGAAUGA